GGGCGGGCGGUCAAAGCAUUGCUUGGCUUUAAGGAGGAAGAUCUGAAGGAGGCUCCAGCGAGGCCUGAAAGACUGCGCAACCGAAUAGGGGAGGGGACUCCGGGUUCGGGGAAAACCUGGUAGUGUGUCGAAUAUGCUGCUGGGAAUGUGACCGAUAAGGGAAGGAGGCAGGACCUGGCUGGACCCAGCCAGGGAGCCUCGUCUUGGCUGGGCCUAAUUUCCAGGAGCGGGUUAGGCCUCACCAGAGCCUCCUUUCCGUACGGCGCCCCUAUUCUCUGACCUGGUGAUGGCCUCCCCGAGUCCCCCGCUGGAGCCAAAGGAGUUGCUGACAUUUGAGGAUGUGGCUGUGUUUUUUACCCAGGAGGAGUGGGAUUAUCUGGACCCAACUCAGAGAAGCCUGUAUAAAGAUGUCAUGAUGGAGAAUUAUGGAAACCUGGUUUCACUGGAUGUUUUGAACAGAGAUAAGGAUGAAGAGCCAAUUGUAAAACAAGAAAUUGAGGAAGAGGUGGAACCACAAAGUGUAAUAGUUACAAGAAUAAAAAGUGAAAUCGACCAGGAUCCCAUAAGUAGAGAAACCUUUGAACUUGUUGGUAGGUUAGAUAAACAGAGGGGAAUCUUCUUAUGGGAAAUACCACGGGAAUCUUUUACCCAAGAACAGAAAAUGUUCAGAGGAAACUCUAACAUUAUCCAUAAGAGAUCAAACUCAGAAGAGAAAUGCCAUAAAUGUGAAGAAUGUGGAAAGGGUUUUGUCCGCAAGGCCCAUUUCAUUCAACAUCAAAGGGUCCAUACUGGUGAGAAACCUUUUCAAUGCAAUGAAUGUGGGAAAAGUUUUAGUCGCAGUUCAUUUGUUAUUGAACAUCAGAGAAUUCACACUGGGGAAAGGCCCUAUGAGUGUAAUUACUGUGGAAAAACCUUUAGUGUGAGCUCAACCCUUAUUAGACAUCAGAGAAUCCACACUGGAGAAAGACCUUAUCAGUGUAAUCAAUGUAAACAGAGCUUCAGCCAGAGAAGGAGCCUUGUGAAACACCAAAGGAUUCACACAGGUGAGAAACCCCAUAAAUGUAGUGACUGUGGGAAAGCCUUUAGUUGGAAAUCACACCUGAUUGAGCAUCAGAGAACUCACACUGGUGAGAAACCAUAUCACUGUACCAAAUGUAAGAAAAGCUUUAAUCGAAAUUCAUUGCUUGUUGAGCAUCAGAGAAUUCACACUGGGGAAAGACCCCAUAAAUGUGGUGAAUGUGGGAAAGCCUUUAGAUUAAGUACAUACCUUAUACAACACCAAAAAAUCCAUACUGGUGAGAAGCCUUUUCUUUGUAUUGAAUGUGGAAAAAGCUUUAGUCGGAGCUCAUUCCUUAUUGAACAUCAGAGAAUCCACACUGGUGAACGACCUUAUCAGUGUAAAGAGUGCGGGAAAAGUUUCAGUCAGCUUUGCAACCUUACUCGUCAUCAGAGAAUCCACACAGGAGACAAGCCUCAUAAAUGUGAGGAAUGUGGAAAAGCCUUUAGCAGAAGCUCAGGUCUUAUUCAGCAUCAGAGAAUCCAUACCAGGGAGAAGACUUAUCCAUACAAUGAAACUAAGGAUAGUUUUGAUCCAAACUGCAGUCUUGUUAUACAGCCAGAAGUCUACCCUAAGGAAAAAUCUUAUAAAUGUGAUGAAUGUGGGAAAACUUUUAGUGUUAGUGCUCAUCUUGUACAACAUCAAAGAAUUCACACUGGUGAAAAGCCCUACCUGUGUACUGUUUGUGGGAAAAGCUUCAGUCGGAGCUCCUUUCUUAUUGAGCAUCAGAGAAUCCACACUGGUGAGAGACCCUAUCCAUGUAGACAAUGUGGUAAAAGCUUCAGUCAACUUUGUAAUCUUAUUCGACAUCAGGGUGUUCAUACAGGUAAUAAACCCCAUAAAUGUGAAGAAUGUGGUAAGGCCUUUAGCCGGAACUCAGGUCUUAUUCAGCAUCAGAGAAUACACACAGGGGAGAAACCUUAUAAGUGUGAAAAGUGUGACAAAAGUUUCAGUCAACAGCGCAGCCUUGUCAACCAUCAAAAGAUCCAUGCAGAAGUGAAAACUCAACAAAUCCAUGAAUGUGAUGCUUGUGGUGAAGCCUUCAAUUGCCAUAUUGCUUUAAUUCAGCAUCAAAACUUGCAUACUGCAUGGAUGCAGUAAAUGUAGAGAAUUGUGUAGGUGAAGUUAGAUUUGAGACUAGUUACCCAAAUGCAGUAGUAGUACGGCUCAACAUGGGUCAUAUUUGGUGAUAAAGUCUCCUUGGCCUCAGGCAAAUGGUUUCUAAACAUGCUUUGAUGAAUAGUGGACAACUUUCCAUGGGCAGUUGACUUCCAGUUACUCUUUGCUUUCAUAAUCAUGGUGAAAGAUUACUUAAUUUAAGCAUCUUUCUUUAAUCUUUCAGCAGAGCUGAAAGGUGCAGAGCAUGUGGGAAGCUCUGAAGGACAAAGUUGAAUUAGUGCAAGGAAACAGGAAAGCUGAUGUUUAAAAAAACUUAGAAAAAAGUUAACCAUCUCAUACAGUGGUCCUUUCAGAUCCAUGAUAAUGUUUGGCUAUGCAUGCCAAAGCCCAGUGAUUAGACAUAUGUAAGUUGUCAAACAGCUCUGUUGUUUUCGAAACCAGUAUACGAAGUUUUUGUUGUUAAACUUUAAGAAAGUCAGUUGUUUGGGAUGUGAAUUAAUGAAAGGCAGCCCCAGUGCCUGGUGGUUCCCAGAUCUGUGAAAUGAGUGAACCAUUAACUUCACAUGUAAAGAUCAUGUGAGUGACGAACAAACCUACAAAGGUGUUACCAAGGAAUCUUUGGGAGUGCCUUUUUCUCCCCAAGGUGGGCCCCCAAAAGGUAGGAAAAGAUACUGUUCUUUUUUGCCCUCCCAUCUGUGGAAGAUGUUUGUAAUACUACAUGAAUAAGCUUAUUCCUGCACAACCAGGAGCAUGUGAAAGUAUACGUAUUUUGAUUACCAAGAAUUGGAAAUAAAGAUACCUGGAAUUUAAGCUAGGAAGCUGACAUAUUUUGGUAUUGCUUUGGGUUUUAUGGGUAAUUAGAUUUUGCAUGCAAUUUUAAACUACUUAUUUCUGGUUCUAGGGCUUCCCUCAAUGGUUGUUAUAAACCUAUUAACACAGUGUUUUAAUUAUUAAAACCUGUUUUGAUUUUUGCUUUG